GGGAACCGCACUGAGCACCUUGAAAAAUCUCCCCUGGCCAACGACCGCCAUGGAGACCGUUCCGGCGCGCACUGGGAGCGCGGACACCCGGAGCGCGGACAGCUGGGAGAAUGAGAUGCAGGCGACCAUGACUAGCUCCUCUAUGAGCACCGGCCGACGCGGAGUGCCGGUGCACUCCAACUUCAUCGGUUCACCCGGGAAGGUGGAAGUACCCAACAGCGUGCGCAGCUCGGUGAACAAGGUGCUGGACAGCUAUUUCGUGGCCAAUCUUAUGGCUGUGGUGGUCUUUGCGGAUUCCUUCUGCACCUGUGCAUCCGUGGAUGCCCGUGCCGCGCAGCAAGAGCUUCCGGCUGCCUACAACAUCAUUGGCCAGGUGUGCCUGAGCCUCUACACUGCUGAGCUCCUAUGCUCGCUCUACUCCAAGGGCCUAGGGAUCCUGAAGGACUGGAUCGGAGUGAUCGAUGGCGUCAUCGUGGUGUGCGGCUGGGCGGAGAACCUCAUCGCCGCCAUCCUGGACACCGACAUCGGGCUGCCCUUCGGCUUGCUGCGGGUCUUCCGGGUGGUGCGCAUCGCGCGGACCGUGCGUCUGCUGAAGCGGCUCCGAAUGCUCCGGGAGCUCUACAAGCUCAUCGUCAUGAUGGCCACCGUCUUUCGCACCCUCAUGUGGUCCUUCCUGCUCUGCUUUAUCGUGAUGACGGCCUUCUCCAUGAUGCUGGUGGAAUUUGUGAACCCCAUCAUUCAGGACAUGAAUGAGAACCUGGGCACUUUCGACGACUGCAACGCAUGCCUGCAGUCAACGACAAGCGUGAUGGAGGCCAACUUGUUGCUCUUCCAGACGGUGGUGGCAGGGGACGGCUGGGGCACCGUGGCGGUGCCGGUGAUCCGCGCAGCGCCGGGCACCGCGGUGAUCUUUGUGGGGUCGCAGCUCACGCUGGUCUUCGGGGUGCUGAACCUGAUCGUUGCGGUGGUGGUCGACACAUUCGCGGAGGCUCGCCUGCAUGACGUGGAAGCCUUGGCGGAGGAUCUGGAAACCGACCUUCAGAACGACAGGAACUUUCUUCACGACGUCUUCAGACGGAUUGACAAGGCUGGCACAGGAGAGCUGACAUUGAGCGAACUGAUCGACGGGGCGCGGACGGAUGCGGUGUUCCAGAGCCGGUUGAAGGUGAUGGACAUCGAUGAGAGCGAUUUGCAUCAGCUGUUUCACAUGAUCGACAUGGAGGAGUCGGGCACCUUGAAGGUCUCGGACAUCAUCGGCCCCCUGAGCCGCUGGGCCCAUGACUCCAAGACGGCGCCGCGCUUCAUCAAGUACAACUUGAUGCAGUCCAUGCAGAUGCAGGAGGAGCUGAUCCAGCUGUCCGAGGAGCGCUUCGAUCGGCUGGGUUGCCAGGUGGAGCUGUUGGCCGCGGAGCUACGGACCGGGCCGCGGGCGAAGCCAAGCCCAGAUCAGAAACUUGAUCCUGGUGACGCACCCGCGGAGAGGAGCGAGGAGCUGCACGCGCCACAUGCCAGCUGCCAUCCGGAGCUGAUGCAGAGAAAGGAGAGGACCGUGGAUGGCCCCAGUCAAGCGAUUGCCUCGCAGAUUGAGUCGGCGAUGGCGCAGAUCGACGCCAAGCUGGAGGCUCUGCUCCACCGGAAAGCGGAGGAGUGGCCCAAGGGGCGGCUCGCGCGGAUGCCCUCGGGGCCCUCGGUGGGCGCCUUCCAGGCAAUGUACAUGGACCGAUCCCAGGCGAGCUUCGGUGAGCCUCGUAGGGCUCGGCGUAUCUCAACGAGAUCCGCCAAGUCCAAGGAUUCCAAAGAGACGAUGCCCCCCGCACCGGUCGCCGAUGCGACUUGACGAGCCGCUUCGGUUUUGAGGCGGCGUGGCGAACGUGGAAACCGCCCACCGCGGGCUUGCGAUUUUUGGUGUGAAGUACCCAAAAAAUUCAGGGUGGCUUGUGCAGUCGUGCGACAAAGGCUCGCUUUCAACCCCCCCAAUUUCACCCCCCUCCCCUUUUCCAGUAUCCCAACCGGUGCCGAGCCCGAGAAAACCGUUGGCUCAGCCCGGAUCACGUUGAUCAGUGGGUUUUUUGGCUUGCUGGCUAGAACCCCAAACCUCGUGAGACCCACCUUUUUACAAGUUCCCUUGCCGGAAAAAGCCGGCCGCUGAUAUGCUGGAUGGUCAUUUGGCCAGGCUUUUGGUGAAGGACUCACCAGCAAAUCAUUGUAACAUCCCGUCGACUGCGCUGGCAGCGACAGCUUCCAAGAGGCACAAAAUGGAAUCUGCCGCCUUGCUGGAUGAUAGCGACUACGUAGCGCUGGCAUGCACAUGC